GCGGAGUGAGUCCUGUAAUUGCAGGGUGUUCCCAAGGCAACAGAUAAGGCAUGCAUUUCAUCAACCUGUUUGGGUUCAGUUUCUGCAAAACAACUGAGCCCGACGGUGACAGAUUGAGUCUGACGCAUUGAUUGCUCUGUUUGGUCGAGACUCGCAUGAACGCAGUAAAAUGUAAAGUGUUGCAGCGCUCGUGCCAUUCUAGUCAUUGCAUCUUCUAUGGGAAAUAUAUUUUCAUCUACUACGCAGCCGGGGAAGUUCAUUGAAGAAAACGCUUGUCUACACAACAGUUUGCCGCACUGCUGAACAAAGGCACUAACUUCUGCUGGUCUUGCUUGGGUUACACACACGCUGUGGGACUGACUGUGCAUCCUGUCCCGUUCACCCCCACAAGAUGCAUAUGACUAGCUUACUGAAUCGAUGGAACGAGCUGUCCAGGAUGAGGUGUGAGGUGGAGUUGACCCCUGAACCCAGCAGCCCCACGCUGCUCGGAGAGGUAGCAGACACCUACUGCCAGGUGGACCGCUGGCAGAAGCUUCGCACCGCCGUCCGCAAACUGGAAUUCUGGGAAGACUUCAGUGCCGAACUGAUUGGGAGUGGCUUCUUCUCCAAGGUGUACAAGGUGUCGCACAGCACAACGAGGAAAGUGAUGGUGGUCAAGAUCUAUAAGAACGACGUGGACCAGGACAGCAUCGUACGAGAGAUCAGUCUACUGCAGAAGCUCUCACACCCAAACAUUGUCAGGUAUCUUGGAAUCUGUGUACGAGAAGAAAAGCUGUACCCGAUACUGGAGUAUGUGAGUGGGGGCUGUCUGGAAGACCUCUUGGCCCAGGAGGACGUGUCUCUGUGUUGGAGGGAGAAGGUGGACCUGGCCUGUGAUAUCAGCAGAGGCAUGACCUACCUGCACUACAAGAACAUCUACCACAGAGACCUCAACUCCAAGAACUGUCUGAUCCGGGAGACGUCUCGGGGCAGGGAGGCGGUGGUGACAGACUUUGGUCUGGCCAGGGAGGUAAUGGUGGAGCUGCCGGCUAACGACCCUGAGAGGAAGAUGUCUCUGGUGGGUUCUGCCUUCUGGAUGGCCCCCGAGAUGCUCAGAGGGGAACCCUACGACCGCAAGGUGGAUGUCUUCUCCUUUGGGAUCAUGCUGUGUGAGAUUUUGGGACGGAUCCCAGCAGAUCCAGAGAUCCUUCCUAGAACACGGGACUAUGGUCUAGACGUCGAGGCCUUCAGUGAGAUGGUCCAGGGUUGUCCACAACGCAUCCUGGAGCUGUCAGCCAACUGCUGUCUGAUGGAUGCGUUUCGGAGACCCUCCUUCUCAGAGUUGCUGGAUGAGUUGGAGGACAUUGCUGAGAGCCUGGAACCCCCCGACUCAGACCUGACUACUGGGUGAUGGGGUGGGGUCACCGUGUACCCCCUUCAGCCCUCCUCCCCUGGAACAGAGGACAAUCUGGACGGCAGCAGGCAGCCACCCCAGUCUUAAACAGCAGAGGCACUUUAUACUUCAGGGCCGCUCUACAGGAAGCAGGUGUAGGGCUCAUAAUGCAGCACUUCCUGCUGACUCUGUGUGACUCUGUGUGUUUCUCUGAAACAGAACCGGAUGACUGGAAGUUCAACACUCACCACCCCCACUGUCUUUCUACAGUACAAACUCAGCUAGUGUGGGUCCAUUUGAAAGGGAUGGGGGUCGAAACAGACUCAAAAAUUCCCUAAGGAGCAUUUCCUCCUGGCUCUGAAGUUGUAUUAUAUGAUUUUAUUUUUCCACUUUAAGUUAAGGAUGUAGAAAUCCUUUGAUUGUAAAUAGUGCAUAAGGAAGACUGUCUGAGUAGUCCUGAUUUGUCUAUUCUCUUCUAUUUCAAAGCUGUCUCCUAUCAUAAUUUAAAACAGGGGUUCCCAACCUAGGGGGCACGCCUAAAUCUGCAAUUCUUUAGGCUAGAAACAUGCGGUUAAUUGCCUGAGGAAGACACGACUCUGAUGCACAUGGGAAAUUGGACUUUGCUUGGGAAGUAAUCUUAUACAAUGUGUGGCUCUGUCGCUAUCAAUUGAUCUAUUCACUUUCUGUAAAAGAGAAUACCUAUAAUUAAAUUAAGGGUUCAUAUAAAUGAUCAUAAUAAAACAUGUUUGGUAGUGGAAUAACAUUUGAGGAAAUCGGGUUUAGACUUUAUUUUCCUUCUCCAUUAUUAUUAAAUAGCUUCUAAAAGAUGUCACGAGUCUUCUUAAACUACAAAGAAUUGCAGGAAAUUAGCUACAAAACAACAUUUUCCUAGUCCCUCAAAUUAAACAAAAUCAAGCUGGUGGUGUAUUUAAUAUAGAAUAUCUCAAUAAACAAUCAUAAAUAAAAAACGAGAGGAGGGUUUGACAUUUUUCAAAUGUGAAAAAGGGGGCCCUGGGGGAAAAAGGUUGGGAACCCCUGAUUUAAAAGAACCUUUAUGUGGGACUGCUCCCCCACUCUUUGAUCAGCCAGUCCAAGUGGCGACACAAGCAAGAAGAAAUCCCUCUCUUUGUCAAAGUAGUCAUCUGAAUGAUGCUGCUGGACUGCAGCAGUUGAGCAGGAUUACAGGAGUCAGGAUUACAUUGCACGAGAAGUGACUGUUACAGUACAUGGCUGAAAUCAAUAGGAUGAAGGAAUUGUGCUACUGUGUGCGUAAGGACCAAACAACACUCUUUCUUUCUCUCAUUUCCUCUUGUCCUUUCUUUCUGGUUUCUAACGUCAACAUUGUUCUGUUGGAGAUUAACAUAGGUGGCCAGUGUUAGGUCAGGGUUGGUGUUCAGUACUAGGGCUAAGUCGACAGGAAGGAGCGCUAUACCUCCCUCUCAGGAAGUGAAUGAAAUAAUAUUAAACUCAAUGAAACACUAACCAUAGGAAGAACUUAACUGCUGUUGUGUAUCGUUUUCUACUAAAUGCCUUUGUUUCUUGUCAUGCUUGUACAGUACCUGUUUUGCCUCACCCUUUUGUGGGGAUAUAUUUUACCAUAUCAGAUCCAUACAGUACUUUAUGUUUAUAUUUUGUGAAUCUGUUGGAUGGGUAGGAUUUUGCUUACUUUACAGAUCUUUAGAUUUAUAUGGAAGAUUUAAAGCAAUGUUUAAUAAAACGUAUUGAUGUGUGUAUGUA